UAUCUGAAGACGCGGUAUAGCUGCUCGUUGCGGUUUGACCUUGCGGACACCUCGAUGGAGAAGGUUGCUCAGGUUGCAAAAUCCCUGUCGUCAUCGAAGAAAGAAGGUGCUGCACCACGUCGUGGGAGCAACCCAUUCGAGGUGCAACAAGCCUCCGGGGAUGCUUCGUCAACAAACGCCUUGGCCAUAGCACCUAUUGCCUCCGACAAGGAUGGAAACGUCGACCUCUUAGAUUUGCAGAAAACUUUGCACGAAAAUGCGUUUCUGCCUUUAUUCCGUGAGACCUGGAUUGCGGAUCUGAACCGGCGAAAAAUGCGUAUGAAAGGCUCCAUAGUCUUCAAUCUGGAGCUGGAUCGCCGCUCAGACACGCUAGCACUGGUCGCCGUCGCCAAGAACAAAACGGCCCUUGAACGAAUCGCGGGGCAGCUGGAGGAAACGUUGUUGCGACACAGUGGCGGGUUGGAGUGGAUCAAGAGCGAAGCCCAGUUCCCAACGGCUCCGACAAUAGCACGACCCCAACCGCUACCAGGACCGCUUGGUGGAAGCAUGACUAAGUCGGGCAAUCGGGGGGGCGAGUACGGCGGUUCUGGAGGAGGCCAAGGCGGCACCAGGCGAGGUGGCCAACAGCUGCUCGCGGGAGAGGG